AUGGACAUGCACGCGGACUACCUCGCGCACCGAGAGCAUGGCAUCUCCGCCGACGCUGUGGCGGACCUCGCUCUCUUAGACGCCCUCACCGGUCCCGUUCCACUUUCUCAGAACAAGUUCAAGAGAAGAGAUCAGGACCUCGACCCGCUUCUCCUCGCUUCUGUAGCAGCCGCAUCUCCUACGCGACACCACUACACUCAUGAUUUCUUCCCUGCCGUGGACAUGCCCAAGGCCGAGGGCUCAUAUGACUGGACCAAGUGGAAGGGCGACGUGAAGCAUGGCAAGCGCCUGCCAUACGUGAGCCAACAGGCUCCCCGGUCCCAUCGACUGCAGAAGGAGAACGCGGCGCUGCAACCGGCGGAGAACUUGCCCUCCCCGCGUGAGCGCGCUCAGUCAUCUGCCGUGCCGGCGGUAUCUGCCUCGGCGCCUACGCUCCCGCCGAAGCCCGAGCUCGAAGUACGCUGUAUGGCGCGCACUCGUGUCCCGACCCCGCACGGCCCUGUCUUCCUGCACCUCUACCACAAUAAUCGCGACAACAAGGAGCAUCUGGCCCUUGUCGUCGAUCCCGCUCAGUUUGAAGAGGGGUCAUCACUCGCACCACCCAUCCGCUCGCGUACGCUUGAUGCUGUUUGGAGCGAGAACGAGACCGACAUGGACCGCAUCGUCCGCGGCGCAUACACCGGACGCCUCGGCCCGAAUUCGCGCACUGUAGCGCCCAGCCAACCCGCGGCGCCUACAUCUCUGCAUCCAGCACUACCUGCUCCUCUCGUGCGUAUGCACUCGGAGUGCUUCACGGGCGAGACUGUCGGUAGCAUGCGCUGCGACUGCGGCGAGCAACUUGACGAGGCUCUCAGGCAGAUGGCACAGCCCAUCACAGUGCCGGGCGUUGGGACGAUUCCCGGUCGUGGCGUUGUUGUGUACAUGCGCCAGGAAGGCCGUGGGAUCGGGUUGUUGUCCAAGAUUCGCGCAUAUAACUUGCAGGAUCUGGGGCACGACACUGUGCAGGCGAACCUCAUGCUUGGUCACGGAGCGGACGAGCGAGGUUACGAGGUCGCCGUUGGGAUCAUGCGUGAUCUUGGUUUGGGAGGCAAGGAGGGGCAGGGAGAGGGUAUGCGGUUAUUGACGAAUAAUCCGGACAAGGUUCAAGCGCUGGAGGCGGAGGGCUUGCGCAUCCUUGAGCGCGUACCGAUGGUGCCUCGGAGUUGGCAAAAGCGGGUGCACGCACAUGCGGAGCCGCAUAUAGCAGGCGAGGACGAUGUCGAGGAGGAGAGGAUACCCGGCGCGACGAUGAUCGGCGGUGAGGUUACGCAUGGGGAGGACUUGGACAAGUACUUGCGGACCAAAGUGUUGCGCAUGGGCCACAUGCUACCCUUGCACCACAGCGACCUCGACCGAUCAUGA